AUGCUAGGCUGAUCGGCCAGACUGGCUGAAGCUUCCUUCUCGUUUGGAGACGUGAAGCCCAGAGUCGGAGUCGCCACCCUGCAGCCCGGCGAGCACCGGAAGAUGUGCCCGCUGCCGGAAAGUGGAAGCUCCUUGCUGGUGUGGGCUGGCCCCACCUCGGCUCUGGUUGAACCUCUUAUCGGGCACAGCACGUCGGCCGAGGGCGCAGACCCAAAGGCAGACGCGGGGAGGCGGCUCAAACCCUCGAAAGUAAAAGUAAAGAUAAAGGAUUCUGAGCGGCAGCUUCCGGCAGGUCGUGGAGAUGUCAGGGCGAAGCGCUUGCAUAGAUCGGAAGAAGGGAUAUAUAGAUGCAAAAGACUAAAGCAGCAGCGUCAGAAGGAUUGCCAACAGACCCCUUUGCCACUGCUCAUCAUCCCUUCACUGCCCUUCGCCGACAUGUCAGCAGAAACAAAAGCGGAAGAGUAUCCGGUGGACAAGGGCCUAGGAGCUUCCGCCUCGGUGCACUCUUUGGCCCGGGGUGACAACUCUGGGUCUGCCAACAUGAGCUUCGGUCAGAGGGUCUCUGCCAACAUCAAGCACUUGGGCACCCGUGACGCUUGGCUCGGAGACCACGACUAUGCGGCCCUCUUCAUGCCCAGGUGGCCGUAUGGACGCGGCAAGAACCUAUCCUUCCUGGAGCGUACUGAGCAGCCCUUCUAUGGUCUCGAUGAUGACGUACCCAUCGUCCUCGCCGCCAUUCUUGGCCUGGCCCACUGCCUCGCCAUGCUUGCCGGUAUCAUUACUCCUCCUAUCCUCAUCUCCGGCUAUGCGUACUUUGACGAUGCGACCAGCACCUACCUUAUCAGUGCUUCUCUCAUCACAUGUUCCAUCUUGAGCGCAAUCCAGAUGUCGAGGAUCCCUCUUGGCGGUCACUACCAGCUGGGUACUGGUCUACUUUCGGUGGUAGGAACGAGUUUCGCAACGCUGUCGGUCAGUGAGACCGUCCUGGAGGUUCUCUACUCGAAUGGCACAUGCGCCACUGUCAAUGGUGUUCGUCAGGCUUGUCCAGAGGGAUACGGCUCUAUCCUUGGCACGGCUGCGCUUUGCGCCCUCCUUGAAAUCGGGCUCUCCUUUGCCCCAAUCAAGUUGAUCAAGAAGGCUCUGCCUCCCAUGAUCACAGGACCCGUCAUCGUUCUCAUCGGCACGUCGCUGAUCCAGUCUUCUGCCUUCCCCAAUUGGGGAGGUGGAUCCGGCUGCAACACCACACCUGCCACUGCCUGCUUCGAUCCUCAGGGACACCUCUGGGGCGAUGCCCGCUACAUCGGUCUAGGUUUCCUCUCCUUCAUUACCGUCGUGCUGAUCGAGAUAUUUGGUAGCCCACUGAUGCGCUCUUCUGCCAUCGUCCUCGGUCUGCUCCUGCCUCUGGUCGUGGCUGGACCGACAGGAUACAUCUCCCGCAGCAGUAUCGAUGCUUCUGAGCCCAUUACCUUCCUUUGGGUACACACUUUCCCCCUCAAGAUCUAUGCUCCGGCCAUCCUGCCCUUCCUUGCAGUCUAUCUCUCCCUCAUGGCAGAGUGCAUCGGUGAUGUCACUGCCUCGGCCGAAGUGUCGAGGCAGAGUGUGACGAGCAAGGCCUUUGACAAGAGAUUGCAGGGAGGAGUUCUGAGCGAUGGCUUCGGCUCUCUGCUUGCAGCUCUCUUCACCAUUACUCCCGUCUCCGUCUUUGCUCAGAACAACGGUUGUAUCGCCCUGACAAGGUGCGCGAACAGGAAAGCCGGAUACUGGGCCUGCUUCUGGCUCUUCCUCUUCGGUGUCCUUGGCAAGAUUGGUGGAGCAAUCCGGGCUAUUCCCAAUUCGGUGCUCGGAGGCGUGACCACGAUCCUCUUUGCCUCGGUCGUCUGCUCCGGUCUGGCUGUGCUGUCACGCAUCAAGUACACCCGUCGGACGCGCUUCAUUCUCACCCUUUCCCUUGGUCUGGGCUUCGGAAACCUCUUGGUGCCAGCCUGGUUCGCAAGCGUCUUUACAUACUCUGGCACCAACGAGGCCUUGCAGGGGUUCAUCGACUCGAUUGAGAUCAUCGUUGAGACACCCUUCCUCAUCUGCGCAUUUACCGGAAUUGUAGCGAACCUCAUCCUGCCAAUGGAGCUGGAGGACCGACAGGUUCAGAUGGUGCUGGAGGAGCAGGCGAGGGAUGAGGAUAUGGAGGAGGCCGGUCACUAGACUGUUCGUUGCUCCCUUGCUCGCUACUUUGACGACUCCCUUGUAUUAUCGGCAUUCUCUUCCGCUCUCGCUGUCACGUUACACCUUUUGGUUCCAUCUCUGGAAGUGCAAUAUUACCAUCUCACAAAUUUAUCAUGGGAC